UUUUCCAUUAGAAAACGAGUAGUACCCCAAGUCUACUAAAACACGCUCUGUGGUUUAGUUUCCUCAAACUGUCAUCUAAAUAUAUCAAACCGGAAAGAGCGGCGUUUCGCAAAACUGGUGCACAACUUGAUAAAAUUGGGAAAAUUUCGGAUGUUACAUUCCCUAUUUAAGUGUCGGCGAUUUAUGGCAAAUACAUCCAGUUCCUUUAACACUUCUGUGGUGAACGGUAAUCGACUUAAAGAAAAUUAACUGAUUCCGGAAAAAUGAAGACUCCUUCAGUUCCAUCAUUAACGCUUCUGGCGACUUGUGUUUUAGUGUUUCUGGUCCACCAGCAUCAUUGCUUUGAAUUUGGAGCUUAUGAAUAUUUCAAAAAUAAACUUUUCCGGCCUGCAAAGUACAUUCUUCCUGCCAGAGACAACGACAAUAUCAAUCGCAUCUACGACGAAAGAGAACGUGGCAGUUUUGACUCUGUAGGGCGCGAGUUAAUACGAGGGGCAUCCAAAACCUUCAAAGCAAUUAAGCGAACGUUUUCAAGUAGCGACACUAAAGGGCUCGAUUGUAAUAAAACCCUGUCUGGUGGUAACAUGGAAACUUUUAAGUCUAACAUACAGGCGAUAUAUCCAGGUACCAAAUGGUGUGGCGAUGGUAACAUUUCCAACUCGUUCGACGAUUUGGGGAGAUAUUCCAGAACUGAUAGUUGCUGCAGGGAACAUGACGUUUGUCCCGACAAUAUGGCGGCCGAUUCGACCAAGUAUGGGUUAGUCAAUACUGGUCUUUUUACCAGGUCACACUGUGAUUGUGAUACGCGAUUCUAUCAGUGUUUGAAAGAAGCUAACAGUAUUGUGGCUGAUAGUGUCGGGUACACGUACUUUACGAUUUUGGGGCCUCAGUGUUUUAAACAAGAUUAUCCUAUUAUUGAAUGUCUUGAAGAAAAAGGAGGAAAGUGCGAAGGGUACCUGACGGAUCUUGAUGCAGAAAAAGUCUAUCAGUGGUUCGACAGUCCGAUAUUUUAACGUUUGUCUUAAAAUAUUGUUAAUGCAAUUGUAAUUUGUGUACAGUGUACAUGGAGAUUUUAGACGGUUUUUAAUUUCUUAAUAAAUGCACGGUAUAACCUGUAGAAGUGAA